AUGCUUCAGAAGAAAAUAUUAUUUUCUUGGUUUGUAAUCUUCAAUGCACUACAAGGAUGUUUUGCUCCAGAAUGCAAACACGAAAUAUAUUGCAGAGGAAAACUGCUGCACGAGGUGCAAAUGAAAGCUAUUUUUCCUGAUUCUAAAACGUUUGUUGAUAUGAAACUGAGAUACCCUUGGAAGGAAACAGUUGAUAAGUUUGAAGAUUUGUAUAAGCAAUCAGGUGGAAAGGUCACCCGUGACAAGGUUGAACAAUUCGUGAAAGACAACUUUGAACCUGUCGCUAGUGAGUUUGAGAAAUGGAAUCCUCCAGACUGGAAACCUGUUCCGAAGUUCUUAAAGAAAAUCAAAGACCCCAAACUGUGGGAAUUUGCGAAAAAGCUGAAUACGAUAUGGAAAUUCUUGGGUCGCAAAAUCACAGACGUGGUUCGCGAAAACCAGGAACUGUAUUCUAUAAUUUACAUUCCGUACGGAGUGAUAAUUCCCGGAGGUCGAUUCAGAGAAACGUAUUACUGGGACUCGUAUUGGAUCAACCGAGGCCUUAUCACUAGCGAGAUGUUUUACACCGCUCGAGGCAUAAUCGCCAACUUCUUGUACAUGGUGCGGAACGUGGGGUUGAUACCAAAUGGCGGUCGCAUUUAUUACAGUGGCAGAUCUCAGCCCCCCAUGGUCAUCCCAAUGGUGCGCAGCUACAUAGAAGCCACGAAGGACAUUGACUUCCUGCGAGAACACUUGGAUACUCUGGAGCAGGAGUUCCAGUUCUGGAUGAAGCACCGCACGGUGAACGUGACGGUGCGCGGCGUGACGUACCGCCUGGCGCGCUACUACGAGGACAGCAUGGGCCCGCGGCCGGAGUCGUACCGCGAGGACAUCCACCUGGGCCAGGUGUUCCCGGACGCCGCCACGCGCCAGCACUUCUACUGCGAGAUCAAGGCGGCCGCCGAGUCGGGCCACGACUUCACCAGCCGCUGGUUCAUCAACGACCGCGGCGUCAACAAGGGCGACCUCUCCAACACCAAGACGCGCUUCAUCGUGCCCGUGGAGCUGAACGCGGUCAUCUACUGGAACGCGAGCAUCCUGUCACGCCUCGCCAAGGAGAUGGGGCUGCGCAAGAAGGCGUCCAAGUACUCGGACAUCGCCAAGGAGUGGCUGCUGGCCGUGGACAAGGUGCUGUGGCAUGAGGAUGUGGGCACGUGGCUGGACUAUGACCUUCUCAACAAAAGGCGACGUGAUUACUUCUACCCUACAAAUCUGGCACCGCUUUGGACCGGCUGCUUCUUCAAGGACCGCGCGGAGGAGCUGGGCGAGAAGGCGCUGGCCUACCUCGACCGCUUCAAGAUCCCCACGUUCCCGGGCGGCGUGCCCACCAGCUUCGAGCAGACGGGCCAGCAGUGGGACUACCCGAACGCGUGGCCGCCGCUGCAGGACCUGGUGGUGUCGGCGCUCGAGGCCACGGACGACCCGCGCGCGCAGCGCUUGGCCCGCGAGAUGGCGCUGCGCUGGGUGUGGACCAACUACCGCGGAUGGGUCGACACCAAGGUGAUGCACGAAAAGUACGACGCGCGCAAGGCCGGCGCGCCGGGCGCCGGUGGCGAGUACGAGAGCCAGAUGGGCUUCGGCUGGUCCAACGGCCUCGUGCUGGACUUCAUGGAGCGUUACUCGGACCAGCUGGUGCCCAGCGACGAGCCCGAGGGCGCCGUGCAGCGCGCGCAG